CAUCUCCAUCUAGAUUUGGAAAGAAAAAAGAUGAUAAGAGUGGCAAGGCUGAGCAGAAAGGUACACAGAAACCAGGGAACCUGGAAGAAGAAGAGAUGGAGAAAAUGAAAGAAGAGCGGGAACGGAUUGGAGCAAAACAUCAAGAGCUAAGGGAAAAGCAGGCAAGACCUCUUGUUGAUUUUGCUACUGGAGCAAUUGGAUCAGUGCAUGAUAUGGAUGAUGAUGAAAUGGACCCCAAUUAUGCCAGAGUGAACCACUUUCGGGAACCCUGUGCAUCUGCAAAUGUCUUUAGAUCUCCAUCUCCCCCUCGGGCCGGACCACUCAGUUACCCUCGGGAUGGCCGUCCACUGUCUCCAGAGAGAGACCACUUAGAGGGUCUCUAUGCCAAGGUCAACAAGCCAUAUCAUCCACCAGCUGCAGUUGACAGUGGCCAUCCCACAGUUGGAAGCAAUGAUCGUAUCCAGAAGCUGCGGAAGGAGUACUACCAGGCUCGGAGGGAAGGGUUCCCCUUACAUGAGGAAGAGGAAGGAAGAGCAAGACCAUCUGAUUAUGAUCUUCACUGGGUGUCUGGAAAGGGUCCAGAUGGGAAUGCUCACAACCUCCGCUUUGAAGGGAUGGAGAGACAGUAUGCAUCUUUACCCAGGUAG